AUUUUUUACUAAGACUUCCUACAAUGAUAAAAUUUUGUAAUACAAUUUCUUCAAGGUAAAAAAAAUAUUUUCCAGCGAAAAACUUACUAACAUUUACCUUCUAUUAAUAAUCGCAGCAAGUCAGCUUUCUUUCUUUUAUAAUAGUUUUGAUUGAUUUUUUAAUUGUUGUAAGAAAAAAAACAAAUUAAAGCAAUGUUUGAAAAUAAUGCUCAUCUACAAAAUAAUUCAAAGCAUGUACCUCACCCAACUAAUGAGUUUCUUGAUUCCUUUCAACCAAAUUGCCGCAAGCAUCUUUCUUUUUCCAAAAAUGGAGGAUUAUCUGGUUGUGUCCAACUGGCCACCGCUGAACGCCGUCAACGUCAAGGUUCUGACUUUUGUAUAGGAGCUUUAGCAAGUGCUUGUAACUCUAUCAAAUUAGAGAAUUAUCGGCGAAGAAUACGAGAACUGGUGUUUGAGAAUGACCUUGAGGAAAGUCCACCUCUUGCUCAAGAGGACAGCCUUCACAACACGGAGCAUGCUAUUGAUCCAAAGGUUAAUAAAACUGCGCUACAAUCUCAGAAUGGCGGUGAAAAGGAUAUUUCUCUGUAUACGAAAUCUAGUGAUACCGCGUUUGAUAACUUUUUUCGAAAUAAAAAACGUGACGCGCAACGAUCCUCUCUUCGUUUUUACAGUUUAAAAGAUAAUGAUACCAAUGUUCAACAAAGAUUACAAUCCCUUUUAAACAGCUAUGUUAAGCAAUAAAAGUGUCUUAAGCUAUCAGUUAGGACUAGAAGUGAAUUCGAAUUAUUUUUUAAUAAAGACAAUGAUCACAAUAGUUUUUUUAUUUUAUUAAAUUAUUUUGAUGAACUACCGCCUCGUAGUAAAUUUUUUUGUUGCAUGUUCAAAACAUGAAAAAACAAUAAUGCCUUUUCCAACCCCAUGACUCUUU